CUGGGCAAUACAAAAGGGAAGGAGACGAGAAAUUUGAGUUAGACUCAGCAGCUUUCCCACCUCGGACACUUUCGUUGUCCCUUCAACCGGACAGAUUGGCUGGAUUUCGGGACCUCCAGUUAGGGCAGAGAAAGACAGGUAGAGCAUAUACGCAAUUGAAUUUCCACCAGAAGAGCAUACCAAGAUGAGCCUUCUCUAGCACGUUUGGAAUAAGAAAUCACUAUCCAAGGAGGAUUCUUGGAACUAUGAAAUUAUUUUAUAUUUGGAUAACAUCAAUUCACAAUGCCAGGAUUACCUUUGGUGGCUCGUGAAACUACUCUCUUGAGUUUAUUUUCUACGGGGUGAUAUAUAUUAGCCCUUUGUUUGCGGACUCUGCUUGUUUGCACACGAAGACAAUGGGCAAAUAAGGGGCCGUUUGGCAAGUCUUUCUGGGAAGAUCUUCUGGUAGCUCUGACGGUUAAAAGAUGCAUUGAGCUUUUGCAUUAAGAUCUGAGCAGCCUGAAGCCUGUUUAGUUAAGGAAUCCUGGAUGCAAUUGCAGUCAUUCUAGACCUGUUGAUCAGAUGUGCCGCCAAGAUUCUCGAGUCCAUUUGUCUGCAGAAGAGGCAAUUGCAGCUGAAGAGAGUCUCUCAAUUUAUUGCAAGCCUGUUGAGCUUUAUAACAUUCUCCAGCGUCGUGCUUUACGAAAUCCGUCCUUUCUUCAAAGAUGCUUGCACUACAAAAUACAAGCAAAGCGCAAAAGGAGGAUUCAGAUGACUGUGUCCCUAUCUGGUGCUGUGAAUGAUGGAGUGCAAGCACACAAUCUUUUACCUCUAUACAUCAUUUUGGCUAGGCCCAUUUCUGACAUUGCAGCUGCAGGGCAACAGAAUUCUGCAGUCUUUUGCCUUGCGCGAACCUGUCUUAUAGUUGCUUCAAGUGAAUUUGAGGGGAGGAGUCAAACUGAAGCAAAUUUUGUUCUCCCUGAGAUUCAUAGGCUUUCGGCUAAUGAAAAAGCUAGCAUACUCACCGUCUUACUUGUCAGCUGUGGGGAAGCUAACAAUUCCUUACCUGGAAGUGCUAUGGCAAAGGACCAUUUGGAUAUGACAUCAUUUUCAUCAAGUAUUAAAGGACCCUGCCUAUGGGGAAAGAUACCACUGGAGUCGCUCUAUUCGUCAUGGUUGAAGUGUAUGAACUUGAAUAUGGGGCAAAGAGCUGAGAUGCUGUCAGCUGUUGAUAUGCAUUCCGGAUUUGUGGAGCCAAGUUGUUUGGAUGAGGGCAGUUGUAUAUCUUUCAAAGUUCCUCAAAAUUCUGGAACCAUGAGUUCAUUGCGGCAAGUGCAAGUCAAUAUUUCUGCACAAGAAGUUGGGGCAAAAGAAAGAUCUCCGUAUAGUUCAUACAUGUGCAGUGAUGUUCCUGGUUCAUCACUCUCUCACCUUAUACGGUUGAGAUCUGGAAAUGUCAUUUUCAAUUAUAGGUACUACAACAACAUGUUACAAAAGACAGAAGUUACAGAAGACUUCUCUUGUCCAUUUUGCUUGGUGCAGUGUGCAAGCUUUAAGGGUCUUAGAUAUCACCUGUGCUCAUCACAUGACCUGUUCAACUUUGAGUUUUGGGUGACUGAAGAGUACCAAGCAGUGAACGUCUUUGUAAAAACUGAUAUCUGGAGAUCUGAGAUUGUUGCAGAUGGUAUUGAUCCAAGGCUACAAACAUUCUUCUUCUGCUCAAAGCCAAGGAAGCGAAAGAGAUCAAAGAGCCUUGCUCAAAAUGCAAAGCAUGUACACCCACAGGUUGUCAAAUUGGACUUACCUGAAGUGAUGGGGGAAGGCCUUUGUGGAGGACAUGUAGAAAAGAAUGCUGGUACAAGUUCUACUGUUCCUGUUAAGGUGAACCCAACAACUGCUGAGCCUUCAAAUCAAAUCUCCCAUCAAAAGGCAAAGAAUGAUGCUCAUACGAUUAAAGGAGGGGAAAAAACUCCGAAGAUCCUCAGUGAGAAUGGCUUUCAGAAUGAAAGCCAUAAAGCAGAGAGCAAUGGCUUUGGAGAUCCUUGUACUGCAGAGUAUGCAGAACGUGUUGCAUCCAGCCCUAAUGUUACAGGUGUUUCUACUGCCACAGCUCAGUCUUCAGCAGGCCUGGAAUGUCUUCAGCCCAUAUCUGGAAGCAACCUUGCACCCCCUGCCAUGCUGCAGUUUGCAAAGAUGCGGAAAUUGUCUGCUGAAAGAUCUGACCCUCGAAAUCGUACACUUCUGCAGAAGAGGCAGUUCUUUCACUCUCACAGAGCUCAGCCGAUGGCAUUGGAGCAAGUAUUAUCAGAUCGGGAUAGUGAGGAUGAAGUUGAUGAUGAUAUUGCAGAUUUUGAAGAUCGAAGGAUGCUUGAUGAUUUUGUGGAUGUGACCAAGGAUGAGAAACAGAUCAUGCAUCUUUGGAAUUCAUUUGUAAGGAAACAAAGAGUGUUGGCAGAUGGCCAUAUUCCAUGGGCAUGUGAGGCAUUCUCAAGACUGCAUGGAAGGGACCUUGUCCGAGCCCCUAAUCUCAUUUGGUGUUGGAGGUUGUUUAUGAUCAAGCUAUGGAAUCACAGCCUCCUUGAUGCGCGCACAAUGAACAACUGUAACAUAGUACUUGAAAGAUACCAAAGUGAGGGCCCGGAUCCUAAACAAAGCUAGAGAGAGGACGUGUAUACUUGGCCCUAAUUCACUAAUCUCACGGUACCAUCCUUGUAAUUUCUUUAAUUUCAUUUUUUAUGGUUCUUCUGUUUUUGAUUGUUGGGCCAGAAAAAGGGUUCCAUUCUUUCAGAUAGAUAUAAAUAGGAAAAAAAUGAAGGUUGCCUUUUCAAUGUUGUAGUCUUGUUGUAACAUUGGCCUCUCUUGUAAAAUUCAAUGAGAUAAAGUAAACGUAAUUCCAUGACGGACUUAAA